UGACUUCCUUUAACGCGUUGCAUUGUGGGGUAUUGGAAACGAACAAAAUCGUACUCCGAGGCGGUCAGGUUUUAAACACGCUGCCGUUCACAAUUAAAACCGGGAAACGGUUAAAUAAGAGAAGGAAUUCAAUAUUUGCUGUGAACAGGGGUCCCAGUUAAAAUGUCCAUCGGAGUGCCUAUCAAAGUUCUGCAUGAGGCCGAGGGUCACAUCGUCACCUGUGAAACCAACACGGGCGAAGUGUACAGAGGAAAGCUUAUAGAAGCAGAGGACAAUAUGAACUGCCAGAUGUCUAAUAUCACUGUGACAUACAGAGAUGGACGUGUGGCGCAGUUGGAACAGGUCUAUAUCCGGGGCAGCAAGAUAAGAUUUCUAAUCCUGCCGGACAUGUUGAAAAACGCCCCCAUGUUGAAGAGUAUGAAGAACAAAAACCAGGGCUCUGGAGCUGGAAGAGGGAAGGCUGCCAUUCUCAAAGCUCAAGUGGCUGCGAGAGGAAGAGGCCGCGGGGGAAUGGGAAGAGGAAAUAUUUUCCAGAAGAGACGAUAACCCUCAAUGUGCACUUCAUGGCCUUUUCUUACUGUACAGUUUUUUUAAAAGGUUGGGUGAUCAUUCACGAUGUUGUCUGUUAAAAGGCAAAUCAUUUUUGAUUUUUUUUUCUGGCAAGUUUUUUAGGUGCUCAAUAAAAAUAGGUAUAAUGUCCAGUGUUUGUGCAACUCCUUUACUUUCACAUUUUAACAAAUCAAUAUUCAGUCAGUGCUGUCUUUAACAUUUGAUUUACUGCAGUCGAAUCUACAUGAAAGGGGCAGCUGUUUAUGUAAUUCAACAUAUUGAUCCUCAUAACAGCCUUUAAGUUUGGUCUAAAGAUGAUUUUCAACUUCUGUCACUUUUGUACUGACUUAUAAUGAAGUUUGUAUUGUAAGAAAUGUCGGGUUUCCAUUCAGUCUUGUUUCAAAAACAUAAUUCACCUUAUGAGCUUCUCCAGAAUUGAUGCAUUGAUAAAAUAAUGUCUAGUGGACAACAUAGUCUGGUUUUGUUUUAAUAGUAAUUCAUAUCUUUGGCCGUUAAAUAAAAAACGUAUGUUGAACAUAA